AUUAAGUGUAACUUUGCUCCGUUUGUAAGCAGAAAGGAUAAGUAUCACAUCACUUCCUCCCCACGACAACUAAUUAAUAACACACACAUCCCAUUAAUUGAUUCAUCAUCCGAAAAAUAGAAGCAUCAUGGAGCUAACAGCAGAUCAACUGAAGGCAUAUGACGGGAGAGAUCCAUCAAAGCCAAUAUACGUGGCAAUCAAAGGGCGGAUCUUCGAUGUGAGCUCUGGGAAUUCCUUCUAUGGUCCAGGUGGGGCCUACUGUAUGUUCGCAGGUAAAGAUGCAAGCAGAGCUCUUGCUAAAAUGAGUAAGAAUGAAGAGGAUGUUUCCCCAUCUCUUGAUGGCCUCUCCGAGAAAGAAAUGGGUGUUCUUAAUGAUUGGGAGAAGAAAUUCGAAGCUAAGUACUCUAUUGUUGGCACUCUAGUUUCUUAAUCAAGUUUGGAUCUGCCAAUAUAGGGUUUCAUGUAUUGCAUAUUUCUCUCUCAUGGGUCUGUUUGUGUAAGACUUUUCUGCAAUUACGAAUAAAUCUAGGGUUUAUUCUCUGUAUUUCUUAUGGGUCUGUUUGUUAACACCAAGUACUACAUGAAUAAGGCAAAGCGUAUUUGGUAAUUGAUUGAUUGAUGUGUAUGCUGUUUGGGAUUUGGAAAUUCACAUGGACGAACAGUGUUGUAGCAAUUUGUAUUUGUAAGUGCAAAUGAUUUAGCAUAUGGUGCAACACCAUCUUGCUCUGGUAGGUGUGUCAUUUCCUGUUUGGGACAGGUUUUGUUUGUAGUUUAAAGAUGAAUUGACGAGUGGAUGCCUCUAUUGGGGGAACAUUUAUUUUCUAUAAUUAUCAUUGCUUGUCUUCGGAAA